AUGGACCGCAAUACCGUUAGACGUAUACAUUAUGCUAAUAUGCCAAAAGAGAAAAAGGAUGAGUUAUUGCAGCGAAGACGGGAGCGGUAUGCUAGGAAAAAGGCAGGUAACAUGCAUAUUGCUGAGCAAUCUAGCUAUUCAGCUAUGCCAGAAGAGCAAAAAAAUAAAAUUCGCCAGCACAGGAGGGAGUUAUAUGCUGCGAAAAAAACAGAGCACGUUGCUCCACCCACGGCUUCUACUCCUGUGUGCAAUGUCCCCAGAGUUAAACAUUGUCAGAAAAACUAUAGGGCCUUUGCCAAGAAGCCUCCCCCAGAGCAAAUUCUGAAUGCUUCUGCACCUGAGACGUGCAGCUCUGCACCAAACCCUAUUCCUGACAAUAAUGAAUUAGCUGAUUUGUUUGAUAGCAUAUCCACAAAACUCCAGUCAUCAUCAUCUGCUUUGCCUUCAUCUGCUUUGCCCUCUUCUUUAGCUACUACUCCUGGGCAGUCUUGUGUGCCUGAAGCGUAUACUGACUCCCUGGUUGGAGAAGGAACUUGUAUCAUCAAUGUUGAACCAUCUGAUUCCUCUAAACAAAACGGCAUCCAACAGAUUCUUGUUAGCACACAACUCCAAAAUAACGGUAAGCGACAAAGGACCAAAAAAGGCAGUUUUUCUCGCUUGAAACAGAUUCCAACUGAAACAUUGGUCCUCCCUGAUGCGCCAAUGUGUCAACACUGCAGUGCUAAGCGAUUCCAUUUGGAACCUUCGAAUUUUUGCUGUUCAGGUGGUGAGGUUUCGGUUGUUCAUCCUGUGAUGCCUUACGACCUCUUCCGGCUCUAUUCUGGUACAGAUGAGGACUGCGUUCAUUUCCGGAAGAAUGUCCGCACAUACAAUAAUAAUCUUGCCUUUAGCACUUUUGCUGCAAAAUAUGAUAAGGAUCUGACCAAGAAUACUAAGGGAGUUUACACUUUUCGUGUACAAGGCCAAAUUUAUCACCUUCUGAAUAGUCUGAAGCCAAAUGGCCAUCCUCCUACUGGUAUCCAGCUAUACUUCUAUGAUCAAGAGGAGGAACUGUCGAAGAGACUUGAUGCUUCUCCAAGAUUACGUGACAGCACUCUUAAACUCCUAAUGGGUAUUCUUGAACAGAAUCCUUAUACCAAGGUUUUCAAGUCGCUAAGAGAACUUCCUAAUCUGGAUGACCAUAGUAUAUUUCUUAAUUCCAAUCCAGGGCUUGAUCAGCGUUUAUAUAACAUGCCAACGUCUUCAGAAGUUGCUGCAAUAUGGGCAGAGACUGACAAUGAAGCCUUAGACAAGGGCGCCCACAUACAAGUUUAUACUCAUGCAAAUACAAGCCAUAGAAUUCAGCACUAUUUUGCGUGCUACGAUUCUCUGCAAUAUCCGCUAUUGUUUCCUCGAGGUGAAGCUGGCUGGCACUAUGGUAUUCCAAGAAACACCACUACUGAUAAAAGAAAGAGGAAGGAAACUGAUGAUGGUGGUCUUGUUGAUGCCGCUCAAAUAGGAACAGCUAUUGGUCUUAUUCAAAGGGAAAAUGAAGCUGCUGAGGAGGGAAAAAAGAAACGUGACACUGUUUCUGCUCGAGAAUAUUAUUGCUACAAAUUGCAGAUUAGAGACAAUGAUAGGUCAAUGCUCUUGCACACAGGGAGACUCUUGCAGCAGUUCGCCGUUGAUAUUUAUGUUAAGAUAGAGACCUCUAGGCUUGAAUUCCAUAGGAAAAAACAAAAAGAAAUUAGAACUGAAAUUCUUAAAGGUGUAACAGAUAGCAUCUCUUCUGGUCAGACCGAAGGUAGUAAGGUUGGCCGAAGAGUUUACCUUCCAUCUUCCUUUAUUGGUGGUCCAAGGGACAUGAGACGGAGGUAUAUAGAUGCUAUGUCUUUGGUCCAGAGGUACGGUAAACCUGACAUAUUCAUUACCAUGACUUGUAAUAGGAUGUGGAAGGAAAUACAGGACAACCUCAAAUACGGAGAAGAAGCUCAGGAUAGACCUGAUUUAGUUUCAAGAGUGUUUAGAGCAAAGUUGGAAUUAUUAAAGGCUGAAAUCACAAAAAAGAAAAUAUUUGGUGAAGUUGCUGCUUGUGUGUAUGUGAUUGAGUUUCAAAAGAGAGGACUUCCUCAUGCUCAUAUGUUGAUCAUUUUGAAACCAGAAUAUAAGCCCCUCAAUCCUGAAGCUUAUGACAUGAUAGUUUCGGCUGAAAUACCUGAUCCUGCGAAGCAACCUCAUUUGCACUUUCUGGUUAUGAAACACAUGUUGCAUGGUCCAUGUGGUUCGUUAAAAAAAGAUAAUGUUUGUAUGAAAGAUGGAGUGUGCAAGAACCAUUAUCCAAAGAGCUUCACUGACUACACAACUUAUACAGAGGAUGGUUAUCCUCAUUAUAGGAGAAGGAUGGAUGGUCGCUGUGUAAGAGUAAGGGAUCAUUUGUUAGAUAACAGAUGGGUUGUUCCAUAUAAUCCAUACCUUCUAGCAUUGUUUGACUGCCACUUGAAUGUGGAAAUCUGUUCCACUGUUAAGUUAGUUAAGUAUCUGUACAAAUAUGUUUAUAAAGGACAUGAUCGUGUGAGCUUUUAUAUCCACUCUGACAAAACCUUUGAAGAUGUUGAUGAGAUUUCCGACUUCCAGUCUGGGCGAUGGGUCGUUGCUGCAGAAGCUUUUUGGCGCAUAUUUCGGUUUGGUUUAAAUGAAAUGACCCCGAGCGUCUACGCAUUACAGGUCCAUCUGCCUGGAGAGCAAAUGGUUUCUUUUCACAGAAAAACUAAUCUUGCUGAUUUGGUUGCUGAUGUUGACUUCUCAAAGACAAUGCUGACUGAGUUCUUUUAUAUGAAUCAAACAAAUAAGUAUGCUCAGGAGCUCAAGCUGCUUUACAAACAAUUUCCUGAGUUUUUUGUAUGGAAGCCAGCCAAGAAGCGUUGGUCUCAAAGAAAACGGCGAAAAGUUGUUGGCCGAUUGGUGACUGUUAGCCCAGCAGAAGGAGAAAGAUAUUUCUUGAGGUUGCUUUUGUCUUGUGUCUGUGCACCUGCUUCAUUUGACCACUUGUUGACUGUAAAUGGCAUACGUAUGAAUUCCUACAGAGAAGCUGCUUUCCAAAUGGGAUUGUUACAAUCAGAUACGUAUAUCGAAGACACCCUUGAUGAGGCUGCUACUUUCCAGAUGCCUUCUUCGCUCAGAAGCUUAUUUGCUGUGAUGCUAGCUUUCUGCUCCCCAUCAAACCCCAAACACCUGUGGGAAAAGUAUGAAACUGAACUAUCAAGGGAUUAUCAAAAACAUAGUUCACUCACUGGAUAUUCUUCUGAAUACAUCAGAAUGUUGGUUCUUCAGGAGCUCAGCAAAUUUUUGGAACAAAUGGGUAAAAGUGUAAAUGAUUUUCACUUGGUUUCUGAUUAUCUUGGUGUUACAUUGGAUCAGCGGAUUACAAAGGAAAUUGAAGCUGAGAGAAGUGUUCAGUUCGCAGAGGAGGAUUUGCUAAUGUCUUCAAAAUUUAAUGCAGGUCAGAAAUGUGCCUAUGACUCUAUCAUGGCACAAGUUUUCUCGACCAAAGCCCAAAGUUUUUUCAUCGACGGCCCUGGUGGAACGGGGAAAACUUUUCUUUAUCGAUCACUCCUUGCUACACUGCGUUCUCAAGGCUAUAUAGCCAUUGCUGUAGCAUCGUCCGGUGUUGCUGCCUCCAUUCUUCCUGGUGGGAGGACUGCGCAUUCGCGCUUUAAGAUCCCUCUUGACAUAUCUAAAACUAAGGCUUGCCAAGUUAGUAAGCAAAGCUCUAUUGCUAAGUUGCUUAUAGAGGCCAAACUUAUAUUGUGGGAUGAAGCUUCAAUGGCUAAGAAGGAAACAAUCGAAGCAUUUGAUAUGCUUCUUAGAGAUAUAAUGGAAAGCGAUGAUCCUUUUGGUGGCAAGGUAGUGGUUUUCGGAGGUGAUUUCCGGCAGACCCUACCUGUGAUUCGAGAUGCAACUAGAGAUGUUUUGGUUCAGUCAAGUUUUGUUAACUCCCCUCUCUGGAGUGCUUUGCAGAAAAUUACUUUAACUGAAAAUAUGAGGGCUGUUAUGGAUCGUGCUUUCUCUGAAUUCUUGCUACGGAUAGGCGAGGGCCGUGAACCAGAAGACAAAGACGGCAAAAUAUCUUUAUGUAAGGAUAUGAUCAUCCCUUAUGAUGGAAAGGAAGCUUCUCUUAACAGGUUAAUAGAAUCUGUUUUUGGUGAUCUAAACAUCUAUGCUUCAGAUCCAUAUCAGAUGAUUAAUCGGUGUAUUCUAUCACCAACAAACAAUGCUGUUGAUGAUGUUAACCAGAUCAUUAUUGAUAGGUUUCCUAAAGAUCCGCAUGUUUAUAUAAGUUCUGAUAGAACUUUAAAUGAGAAAGAUCAAGGCGACUAUGAAGACUUUCUCAAUUCUUUAAGUCCAAAGGGGUUACCCCCUCAUAAGCUGAUCUUAAAGGAGAACUGUCCAGUUAUUCUUCUCAGAAACUUAAACCCAAUGGAAGGCCUUUGUAAUGGCACCAGGCUUAUAUGCCGAGAGCUCCGGCACAACACUAUUUGUGCAGAGAUUGCAGUGGGUCAGUACUGCGGUAAAAAAGUCUUCUUGCCAAAGAUUCCUCUCCAAACUUCCGACGGCGAAAAGAAUGGCAUACCCUUUAAAAGAACUCAGUUUCCUAUCAAAUUGUGUUUUGCCAUGACGAUAAACAAGUCUCAAGGACAGACUUUGGAUGAUGUAGGGAUUUACUUGCGUGAACCUGUUUUUUCUCAUGGCCAGCUAUACGUUGCCCUUUCCCGUGCAAAAAGUUCAUCUGCAGUUAAAGUCCUAAUAGUGCCAGCAACAUAUCGUGACACAGUCACUGAAUGCAAAACUAGAAAUGUGGUCUUUGAUGAAGUUCUUACGUUAGCUAAGCAGUAG